AUGGUUGACAAUGAAGUAGUGAUUCCAAGAACUGAUGUAUGUAAUCCCUUAAUAACUGAUGAAGUAUGUAUGAAAAUUCCAAUCACACAACAACUCUCUUCUGUAUCCACAGAAUCCAUUGGUAACAAACUUUAUGAAUUCUACAACAUGUUUAUGUCCCAAGCAAGCACAUUAAGUUCCCAGCAGCUAACAAAAAUCAACGCUUCUAUUGAUACAGGUUUAGGCAUAUUGUAUGAAGGAGAAAAUAAUUUAAUAAAAAAUGUAGAAAAUCAGGAACCUGUUAACAAAAAUGCAGAAAAACAGUUACGGUUUUAUUCCAUCAAAAAACAAAGAGUACAAGCACCAGAAGAACAAAGAUUAAAUAAACCUACAUUAACAAUUAGAAAUCAAAUAAUCGCCGAUUUAAAAGGAAAUGACCAAACUCCCUACAUUCAUAUUGAUUCUGACCACACUUAUACAAAAUAA